AUGCAAUGCUACACUGAGCUGGCGCCGCCGACGGCCGUCAGCCAUGCCGUCACCCUGCCCUUUGUGUCGUCGCGCGCGACCAACCUCGUUGUCGCCAAGAACUCGCUGCUGCAGGUCUUCGAGCUGCGUGCCACCGUCACCGAGGUCAAGCCCGGCGAGGACGGCGCUGAGAAUGCGGCCGCCAACCUCGACACCGAGGCCGCCGACGUGCAGGUGCAGCGCACCGAGAACACGUCCAGGCUGGUGCUGCUCGGCGAGUUCCCCUUGGCCGGCACCGUCCUCUCGCUCGCGCGCGUCAAGGCGCUCAACACAAAGUCAAAGGCGGAGGCGCUGCUGGUCGCAUUCAGGGACGCAAAGCUGAGCUUGCUGGAGUGGGACCCGGAGAGCUACAACCUCCAUACAAUAUCAAUACACUACUAUGAGAACCCCGACUUGCCUGGCCUUGCCCCGUGGAGUGCUGAGCUGAAAGACACGCACAACUUCCUCACCGCCGAUCCCAGCAACAGAUGCGCCGCCCUCAAGUUCGGCGCCCACAACCUCGCCAUCCUGCCCUUCCGCCAGCGCGACCUGGCCGAGGACGACUACGACUCGGACGACGAGAGGAAGAACACCGCCAGCACAAACACAAACAACAACACAGCCAACGGCGACGACGCACACGCAACCCCCUACUCGUCGUCGUUUGUCCUGCCCUUGACCAACCUCGACCCCACCCUCACCCACCCCGUCCACCUCGCCUUCCUGCACGAGUACCGCGAGCCCACGUUCGGUGUCAUCGCCGCCUCGCAGGCCACGGCUCCGUCGCUGCUCGCCUACCGCAAAGACAUCCUCACCUACACUGUCUUCACCCUCGACCUCGAGCACAAAGCCUCCACCACGCUGCUGUCCGUCACAGGCCUGCCCUACGAUGUCAACAGGGUCGUGCCCCUGCCACACCCAAUCGGCGGUGCGCUGUUGGUUGGUGGCAACGACAUCAUUCAUGUAGACCAGGCGGGCAAGGCCAACGGCGUGGCUGUCAACGAGUUUGCCAAGGCCUGCACAUCCUUCCCACUUAGCGACCAAUCUAGCCUGGCACUGCGGCUGGAAGGGUGCACUGUCGAGCUGCUAUCCCAAGAAUCGGGCGAUGUCCUUAUUGUACUGAACGACGGACGACUGCUGAUCUUGACUUUUACGCUGGACGGCCGCACUGUGUCUGGCAUGACGGUUCAACCGGUUGACGCUGAACAUGGCGGACACCUACUCAAGGCAGGUGCUUCAUGCACGACCAACCUGGGGCGUGGGCGUCUGUUCAUCGGCAGCGAAGACGGCGAGUCAGCAUUGAUAGGCUGGACAAGCGCCUCCACUCAACUGCGACGAAAGCAGUCAGACGCUGGACUUGACCAGGACGACGAUAUGUCGGACCUCGAGGAUGAAGUCGACGAUCUGGACGACGACCUCUACAACGACACAGCACCAGCUGUGAAGAAGAUCACAUCGGCCGCUGCGGAGCCUUCUGCCCUUGGGUCUUACACAUUCAGGAUACACGAUAUCUUGCCUAGCAUAGCACCCAUCAACCAAGUUGUUCUACAUCCUGGCAACGACACUGACUCAAUCAACAAAGGAGAGAUCGUGGCUUCGACCGGACGAGGAGCUGCUGGGACCAUCACCACCCUAAAUCGCGAAUUGCACCCAGUCAAGCUCGCGCAGACAGAGCUGGUCUCGGCCAAGGGAGUGUGGGCUGUGCAUGCUAAGAAGGCGAUGCCUCAAGGUGUCUCUGCCGCGUUUGGCGAAGACACCGAGGCCAAUAUGUCUUCGGAUGUUGACUACGAUCAGUACCUAGUGGUCUGCCGAGCUGGCGAGGAUGGCAACGAGGUGACCACGGUGUACGAAGUGAGCGGCAAUGAGCUCACGGCUACCGACAAGGGUGAUUUUGAGCGUGAAGAGGGUUCCACGUUGAGCGUUGGUGUUCUGGCAAGGGGGACCAAGGUGGUGCAGGUCAUGCGCACUGAAGUUCGAACAUACGACUCUGAGCUCAACAUGGACCAAAUUCUUCCCAUGGAAGACGAAGAGAGUGGCGACGAACUCCGCAUCAUCAAUGCUAGUUUCGCCGACCCAUACCUGUUGAUCCUGCGUGAAGACUCCAGCGUCAAGAUCUUCAAGGCGAGCGGCGACGGUGAGCUGGAAGAUGUGGAGGCCAGCGGGCUGUCUUCGACCAAGUGGUUGUCAGCAUCGCUCUUCAGAUCAUCCACUUUCACUGAGGUCUUCGCUUUCCUAUUGACACCGGAAGGCGGCCUCCAUGUUUUCGCCAUGUCAGAGCUCGAGAAGCCCAGCUAUGUCGCAGAAGGUCUAGGGUUCUUACCGCCUGUACUGACUGUCGACUAUGUGCCUCGACGCAGUGCAGCCAAGGCCACCAUCACCGAGAUUCUCGCUGCUGACCUUGGCGAUGCGACUACAAGGUCGCCACAUCUUAUCGUCCGGACCCCAAACGACGAUCUCGUCAUCUACAAGGCCUUCCACUCUCCUGCACGAUCCUCGACCGAGCUGUGGACGAAGAACCUGAGAUGGGUCAAGCUGUCGCAACAGCAUGUUCCGAGGUUCCCUGAAGAGGCAGAUGAGGCCUCGGAAGAGGUCAAGAUCGAAAGCACCCUCCUAGCGCUGGACAACAUAUGCGGCUACAGCACUGUCUUUCAGCGUGGAGCAUCACCAUCAUUCAUUUUCAAGGAAUCAUCUAGUGCGCCCCGCGUUAUUGGGAUGAGCGGAAAGGCCAUCAAGGGUCUCACUCGAUUCCACACCUCGUCUUGCGAGCGUGGUUUCGCGUACCUCGAUACCACUGAUACUCUUCGCAUCUCUCAACUCCCUCCACAAACACAUUUUGGACACCUAGGCUGGGCUACACGGCAACUACCAUUAGGCUCCGAGGUUCACACCUUUGCUUACCAUCCAAAGGGGCUCUAUAUCGUAGGCACGGGGCAGCAAGAAGAAUUUGCCCUCAAUCCAGACGACACUUACCAUGAGGCAUUGCCCAAAGAAGACACUGCCUUCAAGCCGCGUGUCGAGCGUGGCGUACUUAAGGUCAUUGACGAGAAAACAUGGACAGAGAUCGAUACCCACAUCUUUGACCCACAGGAAGUCAUUCUGUGUAUCAAGAGCCUCAACCUCGAGGUAUCAGAAGCGACUCACCAACGCAAAGACCUCAUUGCUGUCGGAACAUCAGUAGUCCAUGGAGAAGACCUCGCGACAAAGGGAUGCAUCCGAAUCUUCGAGGUGAUCAACGUUGUCCCUGAUCCUGAGCGUCCGGAAACCAAUAAACGCUUGAAGCUCAUUGUGAAAGAUGAAGUCAAGGGCGCAGUAUCCGCCGUCUCGGAGCUUGGAACCCAAGGCUUCCUCAUCAUGGCGCAGGGCCAGAAAUGCAUGGUCAGAGGCCUGAAAGAGGAUGGGACUUUACUACCAGUAGCUUUCAUGGACAUGCAAUGUUACGUCACCACACUCAAAAAUCUUCCAGACACUGGUAUGCUGUUGAUGGGCGACGCAUUCAAGGGCGUUUGGUUUACAGGCUACACAGAAGAACCAUAUAAGAUGAUGCUCUUCGGCCGUAGUAAACACCAGCUCGAAUGCAUCACAACCGAGUUUCUUCCAUUCGACGAACAACUCCACAUUAUUGUUGCAGACGCAGAUAUGAAUCUGCAAGUCUUGCAGUAUGAUCCUGAAAAUCCUAAAUCUGCAGGCGGGGCCCGUCUCCUUCACAAAUCCACCUUCCACACGGCACACUUCCCAACAACCCUCACACUCGUCCAGUCCAGUCUCAAAAUGCCUACGACAUCUGAAUUCAUGGCUACAAACGGCUACGAUGAUGAUGUGGAUAUGGACACCCCUUCCUCUUCACAGCCCGUCCACCAAAUCCUGCAUACUACCCAAUCAGGAACCCUGGCGCUCAUCACGCCCCUCUCCGAAUCAAGCUACCGCCGUCUCUCAGGCCUCAGUGCUUUCUUAGCCAACGCGCUGGACUCGGCGUGCGGUUUAAAUCCGAAGGCUUUCCGAGCCAGCGAUUCUGAGGAUGGCGGAUGGGAUGCAGGAAUCGUGGGGCGCGGGAUGGUUGAUGGAAAUCUUCUAAUGCGAUGGGGCGAGCUGGGCGAGUGGAAGAGGAGAGAGGGGCUGAGCAAGGCCGGGGCGGAUGACUGGGUGUUCUGGGGCGAGCGCGAGGUGCUGGGUGGUUGGGGUGUGUUUGGCGGGAGAGGGAGAUAG